GAACUCUUUCGAGUUUAUUUCAUGUUUUUUUGUUAAAAUAUUCAUUAACUUUAACAAAAUUCCAACAUGUAUAUCCUUUAUUGUCUAGCUCGGUCAUCCCCUAUAAUGAAUACUGGAUAAAAAAAUUGUCGGUGAAUUGAAUUAACUAAAUAUUAAAUAAAUAAAAUUCAAUUAUUAUUAAAAGAGAAAUCAAAUAAAGAAUUGAGAAUUGGGAGAGAUAGAAAAGCAGGACGACUGUUUCAAAAAAAAAAAAAAAAAAAAAAGCAGGACGAUGGAGAAGGCGUACGGAGGACAGGUGGUUAUAAUAACUGGGUGCACCACGGGUGGAAUCGGUAACGCGCUGGCACGUGCCUUCGCGGCGGAGGGUUGUACUGUGGUGGCGACGAGCAGGUCGGUGAGGUCCAUGUCGGAUCUGGAACAGGAUUCAAGGUUCUUUCUACAGGAGCUUGACGUGCGAUCCGAGGAGAGUGUGCAGCACGCUCUUUCAACUGUACUGGAGAGGUUCGGUCAGAUCGAUGUGUUGGUCAACAAUGCCGGGGUUCAGUGCGUUGGCCCCGUAGCUGAAGUUCCUCUUUCUGCUUUCCAAUCCACUUUUGAUACCAAUUUAUUCGGUCCCAUAAGGUUGAUUCAAGCUGUAGUUCCUCACAUGGCAUCUAGGAGAAAAGGGACAAUUGUCAACGUUGGAAGUGUUACUGCUUUGUCCCCUGGACCGUGGACUGGUGCUUAUACUGCAUCAAAAGCUGCUGUUCAUUCAUUAACCGACUCUUUAAGGUUCGAACUCAAGCCUUUUGGAAUUGAUGUCAUUACUGUGGUGCCAGGAGCGAUUGUAUCAAACAUAGGAAAUUCUGCGUUGGCUGGCUAUGAUAAGAUGCCUGAAUGGAAACUAUAUAAGCCAUUUGAAGCAGCAAUACGUUAUAGAGCCAAUCUUUCCCAGAGACCAGACUCAACCCCCACACAAGUGUUUGCAAAGAAGACUGUAGAAGCUAUCCUGAAGAAGAAUCCGCCCCCUUGGUUCUGUUAUGGCCGAUUUUCCACCAUGAUGUCGAUAAUGUACCAUAUGCCACUCUUUCUUAGAGAUUUAGCCUUCAGGAAGUUGAUGAAGAGUUGAAAUCUACGGGUAUUUUGUUUGUAUCUCUCCUCCAUUUAUCUAAAAAGUGCAUAGUUAAUCAUGUUAUCAAACAACAAUAAAGAUGCUUCAAUUCUAGUAUAAAGCUGCUUUGGCUUUGCUUUUUCCUUUGAAGUGCUAAAUGCUUAUGGAGGACCAUGUAGGGAACAGUUGAAACUUUUUGUUGUAAUUGUCAUUAUUCAUGGAAUUAAAAUCUAGAAAAAGAAAAUAUGUACAAUUUCUUUUUCUUUAACUGA